CCGAUGGGAGGAGGCUCUGGGGCUUUGCGGUCGGAGUGAAGGCUCAGCCGCGGUCAGCGUUUUCUCUCACCCGAUCCACGCUUCUUGGGUUCAGCUCGGACUUGUGCAAACACACCUGCGGAUUUUCUCUCCAGAGAGGAGGCGACGCAGGGAAGGAAACCGACCAAAGCGACAUCCAGUGAUGAGCGGCUGCGUUUGUGGCUUCAGAUACGAUACGUCGGGACAUUCUGGAUGAACGAAACGUCUCAGAUCCCCUGCUGUGAUGGAGAAUCCCAGCCUGCUGUCCCUCGCUGUGGCUUUGUUGGCUUUCCUGAGCUCAAGUUCCACAAAACUGACACCCAGAGUUUCCUUCCCUACGGGUAUUCCUGGAAGACAUCUCACUCGCUUCAGUGGCCAUGAUGUCAGCAACACCACCACACUGCUGCUCAGUGACAGUGGAGACAUGCUGUAUGUCGGAUCCCGGAAUGCUGUGUUAGCACUGGAUGUUAGCCACAAGGAUGCUAUCAUACUGAGGAGUAAGCUGGACUGGAGCCCCUCAGAGAAAGACAUUGAGCAAUGUUCCAUGAAAGGCAAGAAAAUGGCUGACUGCCCCAAUUUCAUCCGUGUUCUGCAGUUCUUUAACACCACCCACAUCUAUGCCUGUGGAACGUUUGCCUUCAGUCCACGAUGCACCUACAUUAACUCUGAGACAUUGACAAUGAGCCUCAAGGCGGAUGAAGGACGGGGUCGCUGCCCCUAUGACCCCUACCAGCGCAACACUGCUAUCAUCGUAGAUGGAGAACUUUACACGGGGACGGUGGCAGACUACAGGGGGAACCGGCCAGUUAUCUCCCGUCACCUAGGCGAAGGCCGCCGCCUGGACCUCAAGUUGGAUGAUACGUUAGGAUGGCUGGAGGAUCCAACCUUCAUCAGUUCCAGCUUUAUUCCCGACGAGGAGAAAAUCUACUUGUUCUUCAGUGAAGUGGGCCGAGAGUAUGACUUCAUCGACAAAUUUAUUGUUUCUCGCGUCUCUCAGAUCUGCGUGAGUGAUGUUGGAGGUCAGCGGACUCUGCAGCGACGCUGGACCACUUUUGCCAAGGCUCAGCUGUUGUGCCAGGCUGACAGUGAGCUGCCCUACAACGUGAUCCAAGACAUAGACACCCUCCCACCAGCAGAGGGAGCGCCUGCAGAUGACACACUCUUCUAUGGCCUCUUCACCUCCCAGUGGUCUGUCAAUUCUGGACGUUCAGCAGUGUGUUCAUUUCGCCUGACCGACAUCAAAUCAGUUUUCUCUGGUAACUACAAAGUCCUGAACCGGGACACGUUGCAGUGGAGCACACGUGUUCAAGAAAAGGUUGCAAAUCCAGGAGAGUGUGGACUGCACAACGCAUCUGACAACGCCCUGCGCUUUGUCAAAGAAAACUUCCUGGCAGACGAGAGUGUGCGUCCAGUUGGAAGACGUCUGACUAUGUUAUCUUCUGAGCACGACUACAGCCAUCUGACCGUUCAGAGAGUCCAGGCCGCCAACAGCAGAGACUACACGGUCCUGUUCCUGCUUACAGAGUCUGGUUACCUACACAAAGCUGUCCUUCUACAAAGUGGGGCCCACAUCAUAGAGGAGGUGCAGGUUUUUGAGCAGCCUCAACCUGUCAAGAGUCUGAAGCUCUCCAUACCCAAGGGAAUGAUAUAUGUUGGCACAUCUGAGGGUGUAGUACGAGUUCCAACAGCCAACUGCUCUUUCUACUGGACCUGUCCUCAGUGUGUUCUUGCCCGAGACCCCUUUUGUGGCUGGGACCCUGUCAGCAGGGCCUGUGUGGGGGCCUCCAACAGCCGGACCAGCCUAUGCCAGGACAUAGACAGAGGAAAUGUUAAAGAGGCAUGCAAGACAGUUUCAAUUACGCAUAGAGACCGAUUUGGUCCAAACAAACUGCCUGCAGGAGAACUGGUGUCUGUGUCCCUGAAUGAAGUGGUACGGCUACAGUGUCCUGCAGCUUCGCAGCUCUCCCAGCAGCUCUGGGAGCGUCCAAACAGCCGGCUGCCUUCAGACUUGUACCUACACCUGGAGGAUGGGAGUCUGAGCUUUGUGGCAUCCCCCGCCACACUGGGUCAUUACCUCUGCCUGUCCACUGAGAACGGCUACCAACAAACUAUGGCCAUCUUUCAUGUCAAACAGAAGAGCACCCCCUUGACUCAAAUUCCAAACAUCUACACCUGGCCUGAGGCCCAUCGCAUAGCCACCACAAAGAGUGUGGCCAGGACAGGUCCUGAACUACACACCUCUGUGGGGACCUGGCCUAAAACAAUAGAAACAAGACAAGGAGAGACUGAGGAAACAUUGUCUAGCAGUCAAGUCACCACCAGACUACGGAGCAGAAACGUGACCCUGUUGAGAGAGGAAUCUUGGCAGAGAGAGCCAGACUUCCGGGACGGAGAGCCCCUCCUGUUGGCCCAAGGCCCCUGCUACCUUAAGGAGCUAGUGGUUGUUUCAGUUCUGCUGGUGCUCUGCCUCAGUCUGCUAAUAACCAUGCUUCUGUAUGGCAGCAGACAGCGCUGUCACAGUCAAACGGCCCCGCAGCCAGUAACUCCAACUAGAGAAUGUGACAGAAGGACCCCUGUGGAGCAGGAGGCUCUCAAGGGGAAUAGUUUUCUGAGCAAACACAGUGGACAUGCUAGUGGACUUGUUUGUAAUGGGGUCCUUUCAGGCUCUAAUGGGCAUUUGCCUAACACCCCUAUCUGAACAGUCUCAGAUGAGAUCAGAGGUGAGGAAAGGACAUCCAAGGUACCAGAAUUACCAGGGUUCAAGCUCAAUGGGAGGCUCUGGUUACACAGCCAACGAAGACAGUUCAAACACUGUGGACUCACAGGUAAGAUCUAGAUCUAAUAGGACGAAAGACAAUCUGUUGGACACCAAUGCAGACGCAUGACUGUUGAAAUGGAACUUUUAAUUGUUACCAAACACUAAAACACAUGUCCACUGUUCUGUCCUCAAUUGUUUGCGUUUUCAGCUACGACAAUCACAACCACUUGAACUUGAAGGUACUUGCUGAUCCAAUAUAGCUGGUACUUUAAACAUUUUUUAUAGACCAUCGAGGGUUUGAUGCAAAACCACUGACUGCCACAUAUAUGCCAUAUACUGUAUAUAAUAUAUAUGUAUGUAUGUAUAUACAGUUUUAUGGGACCAUUGCAUUUUCAAGAAUGCUAGAUAAUGGAGUAAUUGGUCAAAUAUUGUGAACUGAGGUUGUAUUUGGUACUUAUGGUAAGUAUAUGUCAUAUAGUUUGGAGAAACAGACAGUAUUAGGAGCUAGGGAACUAAGCAAUGUACUUCUGCAAAGAGGUAGUAGCAAAACUUUUUUAUUCACCAAAAUCAAUAUUUUGAAUAUCUGGUGGCAGGGAACUGAACUGAAAGAGAAACUUUUAUAUGGACUUUUUCUUUUUCAUGUGGCUAUUAAGAAAGUAAAUUUCACUUCAGUUCCGUUCUAACAAUUUUCUGAUUACUGCAUACAGUGAAACUGAUUUCACUUUUAUUUUAGGUGUCUAAAAUACAUUUUGCUGUAGCCUCUGUCCACCACAUUGCUUUGUGCUCCUGUUUUUAUCUCCAAACUCGCAAGCAUCACAACUAUCUAAGAGAUCAAUGCUCAUCAAACAUCUCAGAAUCAAACAUUACACAGACAGAUUGACCAGAUAUUCCUGUUAAUGCGACUCAGCUAAUGACGAAUAAUAUAUUUAGAGACUUUGAACUUAGGUUCUAAAAGGCCAAUGAGUUAGGAUCAGUGGACUUAUCUUUUCUUUUUUGGAUGGUGGUAUCACACACAUAAUAGGAACACGCUUUGGCUAUAGUUCACGUGAUGCUUAUUUCCUUUGCAUCAUACACACUGGGCCAUUUGGACACAGUAAACAUGUCUCCAUAACCUGUGGUGACACAAUGCACAACUCAGUGUUUUUACAUGCAGUUCAAUAAAGAGGAUACUGUCAGCUUU